AUGAAGACCUCUGUUACCCAGGUGUUGGAUGCGUCUAUUGCCGCAGUCCGCAUUCCAUUAAUGCCUUUAAUCAAUGCCACAGAAAAACGCGCAUCCAACCCCCCCUCCAUCUUACCCUCACUACCGAAAUAUAUUAUAUUGCCUGGAUUCCCUUUCUCUCUCUUUCUCUCUCUCUCUCAGUCUCUUUUCUAUGUAACGUUUUCUUUAAUUUAUCUCUCUCUUCAAUACCAUCAAUCUAUCUAUACAUGUCUCUUUUUUUACUAUCUAUCUAUCUAUCUAUCUAUCUAUCUAUCUAUCUAUCUAUCUAUCGCUUCCUGCCUAUAUAUCUAUCUCUCGAUACCGCAUCCUAUCUAUCUAUCGCUUCCUGCCUACUUAUCUUGUUCAUUCCUAUCUAUCUAUCUAUCUAUCUAUCUAUCUAUCUAUCUAUCUAUCUAUCUAUCUAUCUCAAUGUUGCCUUGCUUUCUUUCUCUUCAAUUCAUCUUCUCUCUCCCCCCUCCCCAUUUCUUUCUGCCUUUCCAUUAUCAUUUGUUCUCUCCCCCUUUUAUUUCCGUCUAUGUAUUUAUACUGCCCCUCUCCUCAUUUCUUUCUCUCUCUCCCCCUCUCUCUCUUCCUCUCUCUCUCCCCCUCUCUCCCCCCUCUCUCUCUCUCUCUCUCUCUCUCUUAACAUUCUUUGAUGCGUGUAUCUCUCAAUUUCAGUCAUACUUUUGGUGUUCUCUCCCUUCCUCCCGAUCCCUCCCAUCUCUGUCUCUGUCUCCUUUUUCUCUUUCUCUCAUUCUGGCCGACAUAAUUUCAUGUUCUUUCUUUAUCUCACUCACUCACUCUCUCUCUCUCUCUCUCUCUCUCUCUCUUAACCAUUCAAUUUUCUUAUUUUCUCUUUACAUUUGGCUAUCUAUCUCUCUUCUGACACCUUUUCCUAUACUUUUCACACUCCUCCACCACCUCUCUCUCUCUCUCUGUCUCUUUCUCUCUCUCUCUCUCUCUCUCAUUCUUUUUUGUGGCUGUCAUUGCCUCAGGGUCUUUCUCUUCUGGCAUCAUUAUUCUUAUGGUUGUCGCCUAAAGCAUUCUUUCUUUCUUUCUUUCUUUCUUUCUUACUUUUUUUUAUUUAUUUAUUACAUUCUCUCUUUGUUUCUUUCUUUCUUUCUCUCUCUCUUUCUUUCUUUUUUUAUUUAUUUAUUACAUUCUCUCUUUCUUUCUCUCUUUCUUUCUUUCUCUCUUUCUUUCUUUCUUUCUCUCUUUCUUUUUUUCUUUCUUUUUUUAUUUAUUUAUUUAUUACUUUCUCUCUUUCUUUCUUUCUUUCUUUCUUCCAAAAUCAUGUCUAGUAGUUGUGCCUACUCCUCUCUAGGUAUCUAUCUUUCUAUCUCUCUGUCUGACAUACUUUCUCAUUGUUGUCACUCCUUUCUCUCCCUCCUGCUCUAUCUCUCUCUCUCUCUCUCUCUCUCUCUCUCUCUCUCUCUCUUUCAAAGACACACUCAUUUUGUACAAUGUCCUUUCCCAUGGCGCAUUCUUUCUCUCUUUCGCCCUCUUGCACUUUGUGCAAUGUCCUUUUUCGUUGUUGACGUUCCCUCACAAAUAUCCUUCCCCCCCUCACUUUCUUCUUUCUUUCUCUUUGUUUUGGCUGAAAGAAUCCGUCAGUGGCUGAAAGAGUGCAACAGUCGUAGUAAUAGUCCGUCGGUCGUAGAAAGAGUACGUCAGUCGUAG